AUGGAAAAAGAGAAAGAGAACCUGCAAAAUGAAGUGGCCAGCUUUGAGGAGCGCAUAGAAGCAAUGAAGUCUCAUUUGAAAUAUGUGAGACAAGAGUUAAGCUUAACUCAGUCUCUUUACAGAGCCAGAGAGAAUGAAAUUGAAACUGAACACCACUUUAAAGCCCUUGCUGAGAGAGAACAUGGACACCUCAAAAGAGAGAUUAAACGACUGGAAGAGGAGAUAGUUUCCUUAAGAGAAAAGAAAAGCAGUCAAGAAAAUACUAUAUAUAAAACCACUAGGAAGCUGGAAAACUUAAAAGAACAGAUGAACUGCGAUGAGGAAGUUCUGGAGAACUGGAUAAAGGAGUUAAAUCGUAAAGAUGAUGAUUUUAUCACAAUCCAAAAGUAUGCACAACAGGAUGAAGGGAAACUAGGAGCAUUAACCCUUCAAGUAGACAAGUUGACCAUGAAAGCGAAUGAGAAGCACAGAGCUCUUGAUAAUGAGUUUACAGAAACCAUAACAGCUCAGAUAGAGCUUGACAGGACAGCAGAAGAAUUUCGCAGAGUUCAUCAAGAAAGGCAAGAAGUCAUCAGGCAGUGGGAGAAUGCAAUACAACAGAUGCAAAAACGAGACCAACAGAUUGAUCAAUGUGCUUUGCUAAUUGCAGACGUAAAACAGGAGAUCAGAAAGAAAGAAAUUAUGCUGAAAGAGAAGAGUUCCUUUUUGGUAAAUGAAACUGUUAACAAUAUGGAAUAUGAGAAGAAAAUCUCUUCAGCUGAACGGGAAGCUGCCAGCCUCCGAAACGAGUACCAAAUUCAGGAUACUUACAGGGUUCGGCUGCAGGAUGAGCUGGAAGCUUUGAAAUACACUGUGAACAGAACUGCUUCUGAUCUAGAUGAUCUGAGAAUACAAGUAAGCAAUCUGGUGAAAGAAAUUCAGAAAAAACAAGCAAGAUUAAACUUUCUUAAUGAAACCAAUGCAAGUCUUUCCAAUAAGCUGAAGCUUGUGACUGAGGAGACACUCAGUUCAGAAGAGAAAGCUUCGAGGAUGGAAGACAUACUGAAGGAAGAAGAAGAAAGUGUCAGGGAAAAAGAAACUGAAGUAAAACAGUUAAAGGAACUACUUUUCCAGAAGACUCAGGAGUUCCAAGAGCAGAGCGUGAAGGAGAAGGGAGUUCUAGCAAAAAUCGAAGUAUAUCAAAUGGAACUUAAAAAUCUCAAGAAACGACUGCACAAACUUGAUGCAGAUGUGUUAAAACAACAAGAAUUUAUAUACAACCAGGAUUUUUAUCUUCAGCAAGUACAGGGACGGCUGUCACGGCUAGAAGGGGAGGUUAAUGAAGAAAGACAAGUUUUGGAAGCAAAAGUUGCUGAACUUAAGAAAACUGUAGAAGAAAAGAAAAAUGCAUAUGAUGUUUUACAUGCACAGCACAAAAAACUUCAGAAUGACGUCCAGGUGAUCAAGAGAACAAUUGAUAAGACAGCAGAAGAAACAAGUGGUGUGAUGAUGAAGAUAGAUGAACUAAAUGUUUUCAAUGAGAGAUCAGGUCAGGAGUUAAAGAAAGCUAAAGCUGUUAAGCAGGAUCUGAUGGUAGAAGAUAAUCUCUUAAAACUAGAACUGAAGCGCCUUCAAGAUACUCUGUGUAAUAAGGCAGAGAAAGUUCUAACACUGGAAAAAGAAAACUUGGCCUUAAAGAAAGCCAUAGCAGAAAGAAAUGAGGAAAUUAAGGUCCAUAAGGCAAUGCUGGAUUCCCAGAUAAGAUUCGUGGAUCAAGAACGGCAACACAUAAGUGCUGAAUUCCAUGAUCGCCUGAGUAAAAUUGACAAACUGAGACGCAGAUUUGAAAUUUUUACAUUAACCAUGAUGCCACCCGAAGGAGAGGAGGAGAAAACUCAUGCCUACUAUAUAAUUAAGGCUGCCCAGGAAAAAGAAUUACUUCAACAGGAAGGUGAUGAUUUGGAUGCAAAGAUCUGCCAAGCUGAAAAAGAAAUCAUAGCUCUGGAAAACACUUUACGUGUACUUAAUGAGUGCAACAGCAAUUACCGCAGCUCUGUCAAGGAAGUCACUGAGAUAAGUGAGGAAGAUGAAGAAAUAUUUCAACUAGAGAAGGAGAAAAAGGAUGUUGAGAAAAAAUACAGAAACAAACAAAGAGAGAUCAAGGACCUUCAGGAAAAUCUCCAGAGCAUGCAACAAAAUUUUGAUGUGGUACUGAAGAAGGAAGCAUUCGUCCAAGUGCAGAAGAAGGAAAAACAAGCUGUUAUUCUGCAGCUGAACAGAGACAUUGAAGAACAGAAGCCAAAACUAGAAAGGGCUAUGAAACAGUGUUCCAGACUAUCCAGAGAAAUUCAGUCUCUGAACAAAACUGAAACACAGGAAAAAAGAGACCUUGAUCUUCGUGAAUUGAAAAGCUUCAGCAGAACUGUUGACCAAGUGUUAGCUGAUGUUCUGGAAGCACAUCCUGAUUUAACUGAACCCUUUCAGCUGUACUUUGCCCAGUCCAAUUUAGAGCUUCCUACAAUCAGUUCUGCUGGUGGUAGUCAAAACUGUCGAUCACCAUGCACACAGAGCUCACUACCUCCUCCCAGAAGAACAAGUUCAGGCUCUACUCAGGCUUCAUCAAUCAGAGUCGUAGACCUGACCUUGUCAAUCUCCACUCCUACAGAAGCAGCAGCUGGUGGCUCAGAGCCAUCCAGCAGAGCCAGCACCUCGGGUAUUUUUAGAAGCAAAGAAGUGUGUUAA